AUGAGCUCCCUCUUGGGCGCCCUGAUCAAAUGCCUUUGUGGAGGUAGCGACAGCCAGGGCCAGCCCCAGCAGCAGCAAUACCAACAAUCUGGAUAUCCCGGACAGCAAGCACCACAGGUUGUACAACAGCCCGCGCCCGUAUCGCCUCCCCAACAACAGCACCGGCCGUAUUCUCCCCCUCAGCAACAGCAACAGCCGUACUCUCCUCCUCCACAACAACAGCAACCGCAUCGUCCUCCACCGCAGCAGCAGCAGCCUUCAUACGCGCAGGCUGCGCAGGAGCACUCGGAACCGGAGCAUAAGAAGCACAAGAAGAAGCGCCACAACGGGCAGGGUGGGCACGAGAGUGAGCAGGAGAACGGGGCGCAGAUUGUGCACACCCCUAGUCCCGGUCCAGGACGGACGUCAAGCCCGCCAGACCCGAACCAGGUCAAUCAGCACAAUCCGUACUAUACGGACCUGCGCGCUCGCGCGAACCGCAGGGGCGAUGAGAUGGCGCGCAACUUCGAGGAGGCGCACAACGUCUACGAGUCCGGGGACCGCGCGCGCGCGAAGGAGUUGUCGAACGCGGGGAAGGCCGCACAGCGCGAGAUGGAGCAGCUGAACGAGGAAGCCGCGGCGUGGAUCUUCCGAGCGUGUGUGGGACAGGACAGCGGGCCUGGGGAAGUCGACCUGCAUGGCCUAUACGUCAAGGAAGCCAUCAAGUACACCGACCAGUCUAUUCAGGAAGCUCGCACCCGUGGUGAUGCGAAGAUCCGGUUCAUCGUCGGCAAGGGUCUACACUCGGCUGGGCAUGCCGCAAAGCUGAAGCCUGCCAUCGAGGAGCUCAUGCAGAAGCAUGGUCUGGUAGCAGAACUGGACGAGCGCAACUCCGGAGUACUCAUUGUCAACCUCGAUGGCCAUGCGUCAGGCGGAGGGCAUGUCAUGGGCGCCGACGAGCUUACCAGAGGGCUGGAGAAGAAGGAUGAAUGUAUCAUCAUGUAA